AUGCCAAAGCGAAAGCGCGAAGAUGACGAGGCGCGAGACCCGGCCCGGCAAAGACGAGUGCAGCAGAGAUUGAAGGUCGCGCUCACCAAGCUCGGUCAUGCUUUCAAAGUGUCCAAGGGCCUCGAGAGGCAGAAAUUGGGAAAGCGGCGCAGAAAGGCGGAGGAAGAGAGCAAUCAGAAGGAUGUCGAGCGAAUCGACGCGGAGAUUGCUGCGUUGAAGGCGCUUGAUACCACGGCUUCGGCGCAACUGCAUUUGUACAAAUCUCUGUUGAAGAUCAAAGCCGUCUCGGAUAGUCCGGGUCUUCCGGACGAAGUGCGAGAUCCUCCAGCUGCUUCGACGGAGCCUGCAACGCUGAAUGUACACGCGCGGUUGUGCAACUCGAAUCAAGUCCAGGAUGUUCUAUCGACUGCAGUGACCGACAUACAACAAAGUCUGGGGCUCGAUAUCGACACUUCCAAGUCUGCUAGAAAGUCAAGGAAGAGGGCCAAGGAUUUCGAGCCUGCGAAAGAAGCCUCGCUGCACGGGCGAGGGAAUGUCGAAGCACCUGACGAACGGCAAUCUUCGUAUCCUAGGACCAGACAACUAAAUGAUGCUGGGGACGACUCAGAUGCGGAGCAUCUCGACUUUGACAAUCGGAUAGCUUCCACUUCUGACGAAGACGAUGAUGAGGACCAUGGAGUUGCGGCACUGGAAAGGCAACUAGCUGCGGAAGGCGUCAAACGUGCCAACGGAUCCAAGUCGAACGGCUACAAUGUGGAAGCAGAUCUCUCGCUAUCAGAUUCCGAGCUCGACAAUCGCUCCGCAUCACCCGAGCCACAGAAAGCAGCUCCGAUCAAAAAGUCAGCCUUUCUACCCUCACUCACCAUGGCUGGCUACAUCUCAGGCUCUGAGUCGGAUGUUGAGGAGCACGCAGGGGCGCCGGUCAAGAAGAACCGGAGAGGGCAGCGAGCGCGCCAGCAGAUCUGGGAGCAAAAGUACGGCGCCGGCGCAAAGCAUUUGCAAAAGCCGACUCGGAACGACCGUGACGAUGGCUGGAAUUCGAAGCGCGGCGCGGUCGAUGCCAAUGACCGCAAGAACAAGGGCUACGACCGGCGCACGAGACGAACCAGCCCUGAUUAUAAGUCUGGACGGAACGGCGGCAAGUCUUUGCCUCAUGCGAAGAAGGAGAACACAAAGAAGCAAGAUGAUGGGCCUCUUCACCCGAGCUGGGAGGCCGCAAAGAAGGCCAAAGAGAAGCGGGCGGUGCCGAUUGCAUUUCAAGGAAAGAAGAUUACCUUUUGA